AUUCAUCAAUGGACUUUCAGUGAGAGCAAAUCGUGCUUUUCUUGCUCAAGUAUCUCUAGAUCUCGUGUAUCGCAAUGUCAUCGCGAUUUCCUGUUUUAGUUCUUAUCCUCAUAUUCAUAUCUAUUAGCACGUGCACGUACAGAAAUCUUUUGACUAAUCGUUUUUGGGUAGUUCGUCUGAGGGAUGGUCUUAACGAUGAAGAUGCAGCUCAAUUGGCACAAAUAAGCGGAUAUAAAUUGUACAGGAAGGUGACAGGAUUUUCCAACAUAUUUGUCUUUGAGAAAAGUGCACAAAAGAGUCUAAAUCCAAAUGGAAAGCGGUCGCAGGAUUUUAAUGUAAGAGAUUUGCAUGAAAAUAAUGACAUCUUGUGGGCUUCACAACCAGAGAGAUUAAAUAGGGACAAGAGGAAUAUCUUGAAAUACUAUGACGAGCUUGAUAAUAAUUUCCCGGACGAGGACUACACUCAGUUUCAAAUGCCAGAAUUUAAUGAUGAACUCUGGCAACAGGAGUGGUAUCUUAAAGACACAAGAAGUCAGCCAGGUCUACCCAAAUUGGAUCUCAAUGUUCUUCCUGUUUACGAAAAAGGUAUAACUGGACGUGGAGUUCGUAUUGCUGUUCUUGACGAUGGUGUUGAAUACACCCAUGAGGAUUUAGCACCAAAUUAUGAUCCAGAAAUCAGCUGGGACUGCAAUCAUGAUACUCCAGAUGCCAGACCAAAUUUUCAGGACCACGUUAACAGUCAUGGGACAAGAUGUGCCGGGGAAAUCGCAAUGGUAGCUAACAAUCGCAAGUGUGGAGUGGGCAUUGCUUAUGGGGCCAAAAUUGGUGGAAUAAAGCUUCUUGGUGGACAUGUGUACGACUUAAUUGAGGGAAUGGCUCUCGGAUUCGCUUAUGAUAAAGUCGACAUCUACAGUUCUUCAUGGGGACCGACGGAUGAUGGCAAAACCGUUGAGAGACCCGGUAUCUUGGCAAGAGAAGCUAUUGCAAGAGGAGUUAGAGGAGGUCGUGGUGGAAAAGGUGUUAUUUUUGUAUGGGCAAGUGGAAAUGGGGGAAGUCGAAGUGACAAUUGCAAUUGCGAUGGAUAUGCUGGGAGCAUCUAUACCAUUACGGUUGGAAGUGCAAGUCAACAUGGAACUAAGCCUUGGUACGGUGAGAUUUGCUCUUCUAUUCUCACUGUUACCUACUCUUCGGGUGCAUAUAAGGAUCAAAUGAUCACAACAACAGACGUUGGUAAUAAAUGUACAGUGAGACAUACUGGAACAAGUGCAUCUGCACCGUUGGCAGCUGGCAUUAUUGCUCUUGGAUUGGAAGCUAAUCCUAACAUCACUUGGCGCGAUGUCCAACAUAUCAUCGUCAAUACAGCUGAAUAUGUACCGCUGCAAGGCAACAAAGGAUGGUCUGAGAAUGGUGCUGGAUUUCUCUACAAUAUUCGAUUUGGAUUUGGUCUCAUGAAUGCAGAUGCUUUUGUGUCAAUGGCAGAAAAAUGGCAAAAUGUUCCAGAGAAGACCAUAGAGAUCAUUCCUAUGAGUAAUAAUCCUCAAAAUCUAUCAACAGCCAUCGGAACGAUCUCUGAAAGUUUUACAGUGAACAGGGGAAAUAUUAAAUAUCUAGAACACGUUGAAGUUCAGCUCAAUUUGGACUACAGUGAAAGAGGAGUUUUAGAGAUUUUCCUCAUGUCUCCAAGAGGAACUGAAGUUCAAUUGCUCAGUAAAAGGAAUUUAGAUAAAUCCGGGAAGGGUUUCAAACCCUGGACUUUUAUGUCUGUGGCUACGUGGUCUGAAGAUCCUGAAGGACUUUGGAAGCUCACAAUUAUUGAUACAAGCACAUUGGGCAUGUUCAAUUCCGGUUCUUUAAUUGACUGCAAACUUAUUCUGCAUGGAACUAGAGAAAUUCCUCCAAUUCUCAAGAACGGACCAAGAAUUUACAACAUGAAUUACGUGAGGCGUGUUUGAGAAAUUAAAAAAAAACAAAA